AAGGACCAGUAGAUAAAAAGGAUGAGACAUGUGUCAAUCUAUGUCUACUUCUUUCUAUAAGCCGAAACUAUGUUCGUAAAUCUAUAUACUACAUUACAUGUUCUGCCCGUCCGGCUGUCCCGAAGCCAAGUCGAGAAAGCUGUUCCAUUUACUCAUGAUCCAUUCAUAGCUGUUUAUCUGAAAUUUGUAUCCAAUCAUUCGACACCAAUGCCUUUUCGUCGCCAAAAUGUAACAAUGUUCACUGUAGCGUGGAGUAUUUUAUGGCAAAUCCGUCUUCACCUGGUCCCAUCAAUAUUUGAACGUAUGCUGGGGAACGUUUGCACUUACAUUUAAAAAUGUACCUUGAAUCCUCCAGAUGUGUGACUGUAAAGGCCAUGACGACCAUCAGAGUGGUGUUGAUACAUUUAUAACUUCGGCUUGAUAUAACGAUGAAACAAACAGAAACGGGAACUAUACAUUGCAUCCAGCAUAUGAAUCAUGUAAAGAUAUCGGUGUCUGUGAAAGAAUAUUCAAAUCAGACGAUGCGUUGGUUAAAUCGAUAUUCAACAAUUGCACUAUCAACAAAGAAGGAAUACAGUAGCUACACCAUAUAGAAAGUCAAGGAAAUGGACUUAUCUGCAUUAGAUGAGACGUAGUUUUCUAAAGAAGAAUUUAUUGUUUUGGGGACAAGGAAGAGGAAUAAGGAGAAAAAACAGUAAUAGAAACCCGGUGUAUUUCGAGAUAAGGAUGAACGCCAUUCGAAAACGUCAACGUUUGUCUGUGUUGAUAGUGCUUGUGUGUUGUCUGAUUCUGAUAAAUAUUGUUUUUCUGUAUAAAGAUAACAAUGUUAUUCCAUAUUCUGAAUUUACUUAUCCGGUAAAAAUGAACUUUUCAGAAAAUUACAAGGUCUUCAAAACAGAAGGACGACAACCUGCGUUCAAUAUUAUUAAUCCACAUCCGUUUAAAUACAUUCAUUUAAGAAAGAAAUGCAAGUUCAAGGAAAAUGGAACACCUUCGCUUUUGAUACUAGUGAAAUCUACGGUGAACAAUUUUCAUUUACGUGACGCUGCUCGAACCACCUGGGGAAAUUCAACGGGAGAGAACAUCGAAAUUGCUUUUUUGCUUGCGCAUCGAGAAGCAGAACAACCGGAAGUUGAUAAAGAAGCGGCCUUAUACGGUGAUAUCGUACAGGAAUCGUUUCUGGAUAGCUACAUGAACAACACUUAUAAAACUAUUAUGGGAUUUAACUGGGCUGUUCAGUUCUGUGGUCAAGCCAGCCAUAUUGUUUUUGUAGACGACGACCAUUAUCUGAAUAUUCAAAACCUCCUUACUUUUAUUGAAACACUGAAUGCAUUAAACAAAGGCGACUUAAUGAUUGGAAAUUUAUUAAAACAUAGCAUUCCGUACAGGUCCAGAUUUUCAAGAUGGUCCGUGUCCCUACAGCAAUAUCCCUUUGAUAGAUAUCCGCCAUAUUUGGCAGGAGCUGUAUAUUUGGUGUCACGUGACACAGCAAACAAAAUGGUGUUUGCAUUUCCGUAUGUUAAGUAUUUAGGAAUCGAUGACGCGUACCUUGGAAUAGUAGCACGUAAAGUAGGUAUCGAACUACAACACGAGGAGACUUUUAUCAUCCCUCCUUUCUUAUUGUAUACAGAUCCUUCCCAGGUGGUUUACGGCGAAUUCAAAGAUGUAACAGACUUCGAAAUAGUUAAUCGUGUCCUGCACCGUUUUGCUGAGGUGAAAAUGUGUAUUUUUACUUGGAAGUGUCAGUUUUCCUUUUUGCUUUGACAAGUUAACUCUGCUUACAGGAACUUAUUUUGAUUAGACGUUCGUUGCUUACAAAUAUUCUGAUGAAGUUACAUUACUAAAAUCUAUCGUCAGUCAUAAAAUAACACAUUGUAUUUUUUAAUAUAUUUUUUUAACGUAUUUCCGCGAUGAUAGGCAUCUUCGGUAUUGAUUGAACACUAUUCUCUUUGUCAUAUGGAGAGGACUGUCACGCUUCACAUUGGCAAAUAUAACAAUGACGACUUAACCAGAUCACUUGUUUUGGUUCUGUGUAGAACGUGUUUUAGUUCUGUGUAUAUUUAAUGCUAUAACCGUAUUUUGGUUCUGUGUAUAUAUAAUGCUAUGAAUGUCUUUUAUUCUGUAUAUUAAAUGUAACUUUAUAGUUGUGGGAUCGCACAAGGCACACAACAUUACCGUGUACACACCGCGUACGCACAUCUUUCGCAUACAAUGAGAACAAAUGCGCAAUUUUACAAUCGAUCGCCCUGUUGUGGGAGAAAAUGCAUGCAUUAUGUGCGAUAUGGUAUAUUGUAAUGAUCGGUUCAUCGAUGAUACAGAAUGAAAGAAAUCCGGAAGGCUCGAGCGAAUUAAGGUGCACAGUACGUAUUUUGUGAGUUAUACAUUAUUACAAUAACUGUAAACUAUCAAUAAUGGGGUCGCACUGACCAGAUACAGUACUUAAACAUGUACAGUAUAUCUGCUUACGCUUCUUUCAAGGUGCAUGGAGUUUAAAAACAAUUUUCGUUAUAUCUCCAUUACAGUUAGAUACAUAUGUAACCAUGUAAAUCUGCUAGAAAAAUAUGUCAACAUACUUAAAUCAUAAAUACGAAAUUCAAUUCAUUCAUUCACAGGCCAUUCAUGAAUUCAUAUCAACCAAAAUACAUAUCGAACAAAUGUACGAUAGCUAUCGCACAGUUGUGCGCACGCUAUUAUGGCACAGUUUUGUUACCAUGCGCACAUAAUGCGCAAACUGUGUACACACCGUGCGCUCAUCGUCCGGACACCACCUAUCGUGUGACGUUUUUGCGUGACUCCACAACUUUACAGUUUAUGUUUUUGUUUAUGCUCAUGAUAAUGCCAUAUAUUUCUUGUCAUAAUUGCCACGGCUCUUGCUUCGAUAUCGUAACAUUAUGUUGUUGUUUUUUUCUAAAUGUACCUGACAUGUGUCGUCUACAAAGCAAAUUACAUGCUUACACUUUAUGAAUAACUGGUCGUAUUCUCAUUGACUAGUUUCAAUGGUUUCUGUCUGAAUCUUCGUUCAUAUUUUUCUUUAGUUUUAGUGAUUUUGAGUCUGAAUUGUAGUUUUGACAUUUCGUAUUCUCUUGUGAUCCUUUUUAUUUUUUUGCAUUUUCUUUACUUAUGGCCGUGACGCCACAUGCUAUUUAUUCCUAACAGUAUCUUGUGUACAUAGUGGUAGUUAUUUUUGUUCCCUAUCUCAUAAUAAUAAUAAUAAUAAUUCGAGGUUCUUAUAUACCGCUUCAUCAUGACCUAGUUCGUCGGUCGGAUAAAAGCGGUUCACAAAUUAGUAUCGGUGGUAAUAAGGCCUUUACAACCAGCCAACAUAUUUCUUAACUCCCUGGGGAGUAUACAGCCGGUGAUGCCAUUUUGGCACUUACAGCUAGCAUUCAACAAUUCCAGGACUGCCCAACUACUUAUUCAUUUACAGAUGAGUAGACUAGAACAAGCGGAAUAAAGAGCAUUGUUCAAAGAUACAACACAGUGCCCUGACGUGGCUCGAACCCGCAACCCUUUGGUCAGGAGCCCGGCGUCCUACCACUACACUACCGUGCCUCCGUCACACAAAGCAGCAUCAUGUCUAAUUUGUAUCUCUGACCAACUACAGCAAAAUCAAAUAAUAAUAAAAGCACAUACAAACAAGACCAUUGCCUUUCUACUGUAAAUUUUCUUAUGUCCUCCUCUUUAGAAUAAGGUUCGACUUUACAAUAGAAAAUCUUUCAUGUGCCACAUCAAUAAAAGUUCUUCCUCUCAUGCAAUAUCUAAUUUAUACUUAAAAUAUGUAAGUUAUACUUACAAUAUCGAAGUUAUAAUUUAUUUAUUUAAUCACAUUUGCAAUGUUCAAGAACAUUUCUCAUAAUAUCAAGGGAGAUAAUUUACAUAAGCCAUGAACUUGUCGUUAAAUCCCUAUCCAGGUAUGCUUCAGGUGUUUUAGUAUGUUGUUGCACAUGUAAUUAUUGAAUGAAAUAUCGUAUAAACUAAGUUAUACUUAUACUGCAUUUGUGUAUAAAUAUGUUCAUGGCUGAAACGCACGGCUAAUUAACACAAUUUGGAAUUUUAUUCUAUCGGUCAACAUUUUACAUCCUAAGGCUCCCAAUUUUAUUUCUUGAAAA